AUGGCGUGGGCCUAUGCCAAGUUUGUUUUUCGCAUUGGUAUGACGCUUCGUAUUUUGUACCUUCUCUGGACGACCUACUAUGUCCAUUACCGAUCCUUGGUGACUCAAUUACGGCGGUAUGGCACAUGCGGCGAAAGCGAGCGAUUGGAGAUCAUUGUCGGCGACCCGACAAGUCUCAUUCUUCAAAACACGUGGAUCUGUGUCCUUUUUGUGGUCGAUUUCUGGUGCAGUCCGCAGCUGGCUGCCCAGAGCUUUGUCCGGAUCAACCAGACAGCCAACCUCUGGGCAUUUAGCCUAGCAGCCUUGUAUCUCUCGCGUACUGUCUGGUUUGGGUACCUCGUGCUGAACCUGAGUGGUCGCGUCUUGAGACGAUGUGCGCUCGAAUCGUGGUGCGCCCAAGCCGACCCCACCGGCGUUGCAAUCGGCGUGGCGCUGGCUGUGGGGCCACUGACGUACUACCAGCUUCGUGUGACGUUCUUUAUCAAUCUCUACCAUGCCCUCUACACCGGUCUUUUGCCCCAAGACAAGCUGUCAGACUACACGGAAGACGUCCCGCCCGCCAUCCUCUACACGAUUGUCCUCGGUUUGCUUCCAUUGAUCUACACCUUUACGUUGCCAGCGCUCAAUCGCAUACUAUACCAACUCCUCCGUCGGGUGUGGAUCCAGCGUAUCCGCUCAUUGGCCGAAUCGUCCCGGCGGCGUCUCUCGCGCGUCAUCUCACGCUCCUCGUUGAUGCUCCGCGUGAUUGAUGGUGGCGCGUACGCUCAGCUGAGCUACAACGACUGGAAGCACCGACUACUGCUCGGUCUCAUCUUUGGUUGCUGCUGUUGUCGAAGAAAACACCGGGUACCAAAAGUCUUCAGGGGUGGAUCGGUCUACAAGCUCUUUACGACCCACCGCCAUCUGCAGCGCAACGCGGCGUUUAGCUUUCGCGGGAGCGACUGCUACGUGCUCUCGCACACGCCCAACACUGUCAUCUCGUAUCGCCUCAGCUUGUCCGACACAAUGUAUCUCGACCAUCGAACCGACAUUGUCCGCAGCACUUGGAAUGCGUCAGCGUUCGGACGACUUGUCAUGAAUGCGAAAGGCACGAUUGACAUCCAAGGUGGCGUCGACCGCUCGCACUGGAUCAUGUAAUUCUCUACCAUCGACUCGUUUCCUCAUAUUUGAGGAUUGUAAAAAAAAUCAAUCGUCCAA